GAGGAGGAUCGGCGACGGUGAUGCAGGGGCAUGUGCGGUGCCCUGCUGCGGCUGUGGAGAGCAACGAUUUCGUGCGGACGUCGGGUGGUAAAUGACACAGCUGAGAGUGUAGAGUCGUCGCGACUCCCUUUGUCAUCCGUCUCCGCGUCGUCGCCGUCGCGCCCAGCGGACCGACCCUUAACGAUAUUACGCUCGAGCGUCGCUAGAAGCGCUUAUAUGCGCGCCAACCGAUUUGCUUAUAAUGAUGACAACGGUAUGGAGAAGAUUAAAGGAACAUCAGAUGGGCGUUGCCAUCGACAAUUUUUUUCAAGAAGGGGAGUUCCAAUUGGGCUUAAGCGUUGGAGACGCCGUUGUUAUGAUACGAGAAUGCGACGAUUGGUAUUACGGUUACAAGAAGUACGAGGGAAAAUAUGGCAUUUUUCCCAAAACCUACAUCUGCCUACGUCAAAAGAGAACGAAUAUGGAAGCCCUUAUGAACGAAAUGACGAGCAUAUUGAGAGAAUGGGGAUAUUACUGGAAGCACCUCUAUGUAACGCAUUCCAAGCUCUUUGGAACCAUGCAGCAGCAAAUCCUGGAGCUUGUGUCGUACAGAAGCAAAAUUUUAAGCGGUACUUUAACAGUUGACGAAUUGAAAGAUAUAAAGAAGUUGGCGACGUCAAAAAUUGACACUGGAAAUCAAUUGCUGGGACUGGACAUGGUGGUAAGAGACGAAGAGGGAAAUAUAUUAAAUCCGGAGAAUACCAGUACCGUUCAAUUGUAUUAUCAACACGAGACUGCGGCGGAAAGAAUCAGAAAGGCAACGAUCGACACAAAGAAGAAGCACGUGAAGCCACACGCUCCAGUUUACUCAUAUAUAUUUUUUGUUAAUAUUAGAAAUUUCGUUUGUAAAAUGGCGGAGGACGUGGAAUUGUUAUUAACAUUGUACGAUAGUAAAGAAAUGAGAGCUAUAACGGAAAAUUAUGUCUUUUCUUGGAGUAAGCAGGGUCUCAUGACCGACAUUGACCAGCUGCACAAUCUGAAAGUUCUGUUCACGGACCUUGGCAGCAGGGACUUAUCUAGAGAAAAGGUUUAUUUAGUUUGUUACGCGAUAAGGGUCGGUGGUAUGGAAGCCAAGGAAGUUGAUCAUAGGCGCUCGAGUAUUGUACAGAAUAAUCAAAAAUCAAAGAGCCAGGAUAGCAUGAGGAGACCAUUUGGCAUCGCCGCUAUGGAUGUUACCGUUUUUGUCAAUGGGAAGCUCGAAGGAGAUCCAGAAGUUGAAUAUUGUAUUCCAUUUCUACACUGUGAGAAGGAGAGCUUGGAUGGCACUUUACGACGUUUUCUCAUACAAAAAGAAGUAAGCUUACAAAAAAAUAGCACCUUAGGAAACAAUAUCGGCCAAGGGCUUUGGUGCAGUUUAAAAUUAUUAAGAGGCGAUAUUAAACAAGUAAGAGACGAGAAUCCACAUUUAGUUCUCGGUAAUGUGUCGAUUGCUCGAAAAAUGGGAUUUCCAGAGGUGAUUUUGCCAGGCGACGUUCGUAAUGAUUUAUAUUUAACUUUAGUAAGCGGUGAAUUUAGCAAGGGUUCCAAAUCAACCGAUAAAAAUGUUGAAGUAACUGUAAAAGUAUGUAACGAGGAUGGUGUAUCGAUACCAGGAGUCAUAAAGCUUGGUGGAGGUGCGCAAUGCAUCGACGAAUAUCGUAGCGUAAUUUAUUAUCACGAGGAUAAGCCAAGAUGGUGCGAAACGUUCAAAAUUGCUGUUCCAAUAGAAGAAUUUAAGCAAGCACAUUUGAAAUUUACCUUCAAGCAUCGAAGCUCAAACGAGGCUAAAGAUAGAUCGGAAAAGCCAUUUGCCCUUAGUUACGUAAAACUUAUGCAGCGCAACGGUACGACAUUACAGGACACGCAACAUGAAUUAUUAGUUUAUAAAAUUGACAAUAAAAAGUACGAGGAGAAUGAAACAAAUUAUUUGCGACUGCCAUCGACGAGGGAAGAAUUGAAAAAGCCAAGUUUGGGACCACUAAGCUUAUCGUCGAAGGAUAAUUUUUUAAUAACUACAAACGUCUGCUCAACAAAAUUAACACAGAACGUAGAUUUAUUAGGUUUAUUAAAUUGGUCUUCCUCGCAAACUGAUUUAAAAGAGUCGUUAGCAGCUUUGAUGAAAGUGGAUGGUGAAGAAGUAGUGAAAUUUUUACAAGAUGUCUUGGAUGCAUUAUUUAGUAUAUUGAUGAGUAACACUGACAUUGACGAUUAUGAUGAUAUGGUUUUCGAAUGUCUUCUUUAUAUUAUUGGUUUGGUGUCAGAUCGAAAGUAUCAGCAUUUUCAACCAGUUUUGGACUUGUAUAUAUCCGAAAGCUUUUCCGCAACACUGGCUUACAAAAAAUUAAUAGCCGUCUUGAAAAAACGUAUUGAAAGCGCAAGUGUCAGCGAUGGUCAAGAAAAGGACAUAUUAUUAAAAACUAUGAAAAAUCUGCAAUAUUGCAUGAGAUUUAUCGUAGAGUCAAGGCUAUUAUUCACAGAAUUGGAUCAAGACGAGGAAGAAUUUUCACAGACUCUUACCGAACUCUUAAGAUCCAUUGUCGAGCUCAUGAAGUAUGAAACGGAUGGAACGCUUUUAGUUCAAGGAGCUUGUUUAAAAUAUUUACCAUCUACAAUACCACAUUUAUUAAAAGUUUACAGCGGAAAACAACUGAGUAUGAUUUUAAUAGAUUUGUUGGUCACCCUUCCUUCCGGCAGGCUCACUAAACAAAAAAUGAUGACGGUGAAUGACAUUGUUCACAGUCGAUUAUUUUUGAAUAUGGAGUGCAGGCAAAUUUUACUGCCAAGGAUUACUAUCCUUGUGCGAGAUCUUCUCGAAGCGAAGGAAGAGGUCGAGCUGUGCGUGAAAAUAUUGUCUGACGUGCUGGACCUUACAUUCAGGAAGGAUGUUGGCUCAACUGCCUCGGAUAUCAAGGAAAUAAUGCUCACGGCUCUAAGGACUAUUAUACAAACAGUCAUAUCCAUGGAUAGAGAAAAUCCUUUAGUGGGAAAUCUAGUGUCCGUUAUGUUGUCUAUUUUCAGACAAAUGACUCAACAACACUAUCAAAUCUACAUUCAGCAUUUUGGAACGCAAUUCGAUCUUCUCGACUUCCUCAUGGAGAUCCUACUAGUGUUCAAAGAUCUUGUAUCAAGAAGCGUCUUCGCUAACGACUGGUGCGAAAUGAUAAUGCUGCAGAACAGCGUCAUCCUCAAGGCCCUGCGUUUCUUCUCCACGACGAUUCGCGAGCUUUUCAACGCGAACUUCGAGCAGCAAGCCUGGUCAAAUUUCUUCCAUUGCGCGAUCGCCUUUCUCACUCAGCCAGCGCUGCAAUUGGAGACGUUCACCCAGGCGAAACGGAAGCGUAUAAUCGAGCGGUACAAGGACAUGCGUCGCGAGACGGCCAUUGAAAUUCACAAGAUGUGGAUAAGCUUGGGAGGCCGGAAGAUACUGUUCGUGCCGGCGUUGGUUGGGGCAAUCUUGGAGAUGGCUCUCAUACCCGAUACCGAGCUUAGGAAGGACGCCGCGAUACCAAUAUUCUUCGAUAUGAUGCAGACGGAAUUUUAUAGCUCCAAGUUUGUGGAGGGCUUCAGCGACAAGAGGAAUCCCGGCAAUACGAAAGCCAAUUUCAACGAAUUUGAGAAUGAAAUGAUCGCCAAGCUCGACAUUCUGGUCGAGGGUGGCAAAGGAGACGAGGAGUUUCGUGAUCUGUGGGUGAAGGAAAUGACUCCACUUUGCGAGAAUCAUGCUACGAUGCACGAGCAAGGACUGCGUUUUGUCGAGACGGUUGCAAAGCUAAUGGAUCACUUACUUCAGUAUCGUGAUAUCAUUCAUACGGAAUCACAAGAGCACAGAAUGCUUUGUACAGUAAACCUAUUGGAAUUCUAUUCCGAAAUCAAUAGAAAUGAGAUGUAUAUAAGAUAUGUUAAUAAAUUAUGCGAGCUUCAUUUGGAAUGUGAUAAUUACACAGAAGCUGCCUACACAUUGCAGCUUCAUAGCCGAUUGCUCACUUGGAGCGAUCAAUCAUUGCCUCCGCUACUAAAAUCUAGUAGAUAUCCUCACUGCCAGACUCAUCGUGAAUUAAAAGAAUGCCUAUACAACGACAUAAUCGAUUAUUUCGACAAAGGGAAAAUGUGGGAAUCGGCCGUGUCCGUUUGUAAGGAGCUAUCAGCCCAAUACGAGGACGAGACUUACGAGUACUUGCAGCUUUCCGUACUUCUUAGACGAAUGGCCAAGUUUUACGAUUCAAUAGUAAAGCAACUGAGACCAGAGCCUGAAUACUUCCGCGUGGCAUAUUAUGGACGCGGUCAUCCGCCAUUUUUACGUAAUAAAGUGUUUAUUUAUAGAGGAAAGGAGUACGAAAGAUUGAGCGACUUUUGCUCGAGAACGCUAAAUCAGUUACCUAAUGCCGAACAGAUGAAUAAAUUGUCCCCGCCUAAUGAAAAGAUCUUGGAGUCCAAUGUACAGUAUGUGCAAAUCAACAAGGUCGAUCCAUUAAUGGACGAGAAGAAGCAUAGAUUAAGUGGCAAACCUAUUACGGCCGAGCCAGUUAUAAGAUACCACCGUGUUAACAAUGUUCAAAAGUUUCGAUUUUCGAGGCCUGCACCGAGAAAAGACGUCGUUUCAUUAAAUGCUGAUAAGGACAAGGAAGCUAGCAAUGAAUUUGCAUCUUUAUGGCUAGAAAGAACCGUGUUAGUUACUAGUCAUCCCCUACCAGGAAUACUCCGAUGGUUCCCCGUCAUUUCAAGCGACACGUAUUUAGUAAGUCCACUUUGCAAUGCAAUCGAGACGAUGGAAGCUACAAACACAACAUUGAGGGAUUUAAUAAUUUCCUAUAGAGCUGACAGUAGUCUUCCUUUGAAUCCAUUGAGUAUGAAAUUAAAUGGCGUGCUUGAUCCAGCUGUGAUGGGCGGCAUUGACAAUUAUGAGAAGGCAUUUUUAAAUGCCGAAUAUAAAGAAACGCAUGCCGAUGAAAGUAUCGAUCUUGAGAAGCUAGAAAACUUAAUAGCCGAACAAAUUCCUUUACUAGGGGUCGGUGUGCAAUUGCACAAAUCCAGAGCGUCAUUGGAACUUGCACCUUUUCAUCAACAUUUAGAGCAGUGUUACGUAACUAUGCGCACACAAGUAGAGGCCAAGUAUGGAAAAAGGAAUUGUGAUUUGCAAAUUGAAAUGGUAACACCGUCUGUAACGAUGAGGCGACACACGCCAAAAGGAGACAAUAAUCGCCUAUCCGAGACAAGCAUCGUCAGUAAUGAUUGCGGCACUCGCUCCAGAGUUUCUUCACUUACGAGAUCGCAAGUUGCUGCUUUCAAAUCUUUAGCAACCUUCAGUUUCAACAACAGUUCCCCGAUCUCGGGUAUCCCGAGUAUUGGGUUGAUCAGGAAUAAUAAUUCUUCACGGUCGCAUAUUUUAUCGACAACGUCGUUACAAAAGGCACUCGGUAAUUCUAACACCGGUACAAAUAAGAAAAAAGACUCGAAGCGACGUAAUUCUCGAAAAAACGAAACCACGACAAAUUCCAAAACGGAACAACCGACGAGUCAGUGGUACACAAUGCCGGAACCAAUUCAAUGCCAAACUUCGCCACUUAUUUCUGCUUCAACGCCAAGUCUUCCCUCAACACCUGUGUUCGAACUUCGACAAGAACUGACGCCGAAGCGGCCACUGAGGUCGGAAGCUGAGAGGGAGCGCCGACUAAGUAACCGCUGGUCAGGUCAGUCCCAGAGUUACCUGCGCUCAGCGAGCAACGGUCUCGACAGCCAUAGCCUCGGCAAAGGCAAUCGCGACAGCAUCGGCACCACCGACAGCACCGCCUCGGAGGACGAUCCGCCGCCCCCGUUGCCCCUUAAGACCCGCGAGGUCGACUACUGCAAUCUACCGGACGAGAGUGGCAACUUCAAUUACUGCUCGAGCGCAGGCCUCAUCGGUAUCGGCAGACCCGCGAUAUUCAGGUCGAAGAGCAAACUUCCCGUGCCGAUCGACCUUAUGGAUGUCCAUGGAAAGCCCCCGACGCCACCCCCCAAACCUAAGAGGGCGGCGCAUACGAUUGCCAAGGCCUCGAUCAUCGUCUCACCGAGCGACUCCGAGAGUUCGAAUCAGGACUCGACGUCGACGGCAUGACAAGCCUCGCCAUUGCCCGCCGCCAUAAUUCAUUAUCUGAGAUACUUGUAGCUGUUAUUCCUAUAGAAUUAUUACUGUCUUCCUUCGCUUUUGAAAUAGCCGAGACCAUUGGAUAAUACACACG